GGGCGGGGAGGCACUUCCGCCACCAGGACGUGUUCAUUGUAAAAUCUCGCUUGCUGUGCAGUGCAAGCAUUGCAGCGGUUUUUAAACUAAAUGAAAGGCUUGGUUAUUUUUUUCACCGGCGGUUUAUCCUUGUUGUUUUAAUCCCCGGAGGACCCGGGCGGUUGUGCUCAGAAGCCGCACAGCGAGGGUACUAUCAUUUGCACGUCAAGUCCUGCCUGGCAUUGAAUUGCACACUGUCUGUCGCUUUCUGUUCUCUGUAAGCGGUGGCGGAGUAGCAAAGGGGGAAAAAAAAGUGCAUUUCAAAUGAUUUUCUUUUAAAUCGCACGCUGCUUGCGACGGUGUGUUUUCAGAAAUGUGUUAAGUAGGACUUGGCUGUAUGUUGGUGCGGGAGGACGAGUCUUUUUGGAAAGCUGCAGCGCUGAUUCAGUGCUGGUUUGGCGUCGUGUUGUGUUGGGUGGCUGCCGGCACAUCGUUAUCAUGACGUGCUGAGCGAGAGGCCUCCGGUUGAGUCUCAUAAUAACAGAUCCUAUUCGGAGAUCGCCUGGUUUAUCUUUAGUAACAUCGUAUCACACGCUGUAUAGUGUUAUUGUUGUAAUUAGUGGCGAGGAUAUAUACUUUUUAAAAUAUAAACUCGCUGUUUGUUUAACUUUGCGUGCAGUGUUGUUUACUCUUGUUGUUUGAUCGACUGCAGCUCUUAAAUUCUCUUUUUCUGUUUGUUUAAUGCCACUACAGACCGCAAGUACCGCAAUAAUAACAAAUACACGGAAUAUCUGUUGUUUUAAAACAAUACUGUCGCCUUUAGGGAUUCUCGGAGCGCGCAUUUUUAAAUAGCUUCGUGGCGUUUGAGAUUCUAGCGAAGUAAAGCUUUCGAGGUUAAGAAACGACAGGAAGCGAUGAAUGGGUUCAGUACCGAGGAGGACAGCCACGACGGCCCUCCGGCUGCCCCGUUUUACGGCCAGAGCUGCUGCCUGAUCGAGGACGGGGAGCGCUGCGGCCGAUCCGCCGGGAACGCCUCCUUCAGCAAGCGGAUCCAGAAAAGCAUCUCUCAGAAGAAACUCAAGCUGGAUAUCGACAAAAGCGUCAGGCAUCUGUAUAUCUGUGAUUUCCACAAGAACUUCAUCCAGAGCAUUCGCAACAAGAGGAAGAGAAAGACCAGCGAUGAUGGGGGGGAAUCUCCGGACCACGAUGCAGAAGUGCCAGAGGUUGAUUUGUUUCAGCUGCAGGUGAACACACUGCGCCGUUACAAAAGGCAUUACAAGUUACAGACCAGACCUGGCCUCAACAAAGCUCAGCUGGCGGAGACUGUCAGUCGUCACUUCAGGAAUAUCCCCGUGAACGAGAAGGAGACCCUGACCUACUUCAUCUACAUGGUGAAAAGCAACAAGAGCCGGCUGGAGCACAAAUCAGAAAGCAGCAAGGCGCUCGAAUAAGUGUGCGCCUUUCUCUUUCUUUACUGCUUUGAACAACUGCUGGGGUGCACACCAAGCAUGCUGGAGAGAGAGAGUGCAUUGCAGGCAGCCAGACCUCCCUCCUCAAGACUGCGGAUCCAUUCAAAACUGUAGCUACGAUGUAUAUUACACAUGCAUACGCACAGCUUGGGACAAAAGUGUUGCAUUACCCAGAACUAGGAUUGAGACAUAAAAAACAAAAUAAAACUAUAUCGUUUUAUUUAACAUCAUGUAAUCAAAGAAGCUACUAAAUGAUACCGCGAAAGUCUACCGGAAGCCAGCAUAGUAGUACAGUAUUUAAAUUUGUCAGGUUUUCGUUAAGUAUAUUGAAAACUACAAAGCGGUAUGUAAUUCAAUUUAUUAGCGUAACAUUAUUCAGCAGGUUUCAUUCAGUUUUAUGAAGCACAAUGAGUUCAUUCUAUAGGGUGAUGCAAAACUUUUGGACAUAGCUGUAGAUAUUGUAUAUUAAAUUAUGAGUGCAAAAGCAUUUGGUUUGGAAAAUGUCGUAUGAAAACAUUUCACGUGAGUGAUGUGAUUGUGUGCCAAAACACAAAGAAAAUGAGAAAUCUGUGUUCUUGUAAAGUAAGAGAUGAAAGCCGUACGAUACAAGACCAGCAUGAAAACCAGAUUGAGAUCGAUGUGGGGCUGUGCAGCCGAGAGAAGAUUGUUACAGAAUUAGGGAAACGUGUGCACGCUCUAGAGAGAUGUGUUACUGUCCCAGUGCAGGACGGCAUGUUCCUGAGACUGGGUGCAGACGCAGUGCAUUGUGGAGGGGGGGGGUUGUUUUACAUAUUGAAUAUCUCGAUUCGGGGCAGUGUGUGCUGCUCACCCCUCAUUAAGAGCUAGCACAUGGUCACAUGUUUCAUAUUGUUUUCUACACAGAGGGCUCGAAUGGAAACACAUGCAAGUGUGUGAUUUGAUGUGUUGACACGAGUGUGGAUUUUAAGAUUCCUGAAUGCGUUGUUGUUGUGUCCCCUAAAGCUAAGCUGUGUUUGCGCUACUAACUGUUUGUGUCUUUGUAUUGCUUUGGUUUUUAUUUUAGUGACCUUGGUCAUUUUUUUUUAAUACUGUAUUUUGUGCGUCUUUGUAGAAGUUUCACAACAUCGAUAUGAAAGCAGGGGAAUGGAUGCCAGCGUGUUCUAAUUUAUUACAAUGUGAAAAUCUUAACACUACCUGGUUUGAAAAUACUACGCGUUCCAAACUAAAAGGGACUUAAAGCUUCAUUCAAGUUUGUGAGGAGGGCGUGCGCGGGUCUGACCUGUUGCCAUGGUAACGCACGUUACAAGGCAGCGGAGGGUGGGCUGGUUCUUGUUCAAGGCAGUGGGGGGUGGGCUGGUUCUUGUUCA